AUGGCGUAUAUAAAUAGGUGGAAACACGUUUGGCUUCUCCGGUCCCUGUUCGUUUUCGAAUUCCUCCUCCUCACGGCCCUCCUCGGCCUCAUUGGCUACGCAAACCCCGACACCUUCACCACAAAGCUCCGGCUCGACGGGGCCCUCAAUGGCUUCAACUCUAGCCCUGCUAUCUCCACUGGGGCAUCAACACCCUACGUCUGGACCACCACAUUAACGAAAUACAACCUCUCGCUCUCGGUCGCAUCGUUCCUUCUAUUUGUGGUGCAGGGUGCAUUAUAUAUCCUAGAGUUCUAUGUCCCGGUAGUAGCGGUGGUGCUAAAGGCCGCAUUGAUGGGGGCAUGGGGGUUCUCAGUGCAUUCGCAGUCGGGGAGCGAUUACACAGAUGCGAAGCACCCGUCGCCGAGUCCGUGGUAUCUGAGGAAGAGCUGCGAUGUGGUGUACUAUCAGAGUAACAAGAAUUACUGCCACGAGGCCAAGGCGACGUUUGGGAUCUCUGUGAUGUUGCUUGCAUGUUAUGGGGCGCUCAUUGUGUUGGCGGUGGUGUCUUUGUUGGCGAAGAGGCCGCCGGGGAUGGAGAAGAAGAAGGGGCAGGAUGUGGAGGAUGGAAAUGGGUCGGAUAAUGAUUCUUUGGAGUUGGAUGGGGGAGCUCGGUGGUGA